AUGGCCUCUUUUAUAUCCUCAUCUGUUCUCUUGACCCUUUUUCUCACAAUUUCCCUACUUCAUUUGAGCUCAGGUAGGAGACUCGCUGAGUCAGAUCAGCAGUUGCAAUUCAAAUACCACAAAGGCCCUCUCCUGACUGGCAAAAUCUCUGUCAACCUCAUUUGGUAUGGCAAAUUCAACCCAUCCCAGCGAGCCAUCAUUGCAGACUUCAUCACAUCACUCUCCUCUCCCAAACCCAUCACCACCGCAUCACAAUCACAACCAACCGUGGCAACAUGGUGGAAGGCCACGGAGAAAUACUACAACCUCAUCAACUCCAACAAGUCACCCAAGCUAGCCCUCUCCCUCGGUUCCCAAGUCAUCGACGAGAACUACUCUAUGGGCAAAUCCCUCACCGAUGACCAAAUCGUGAAGCUCGCAUCAAAGGGUCCCCAAAAACAAGCCAUCAACGUGGUUCUCACAGCAGCAGACGUAGCCGUUGAUGGGCUCUGCUCCAGCAGGUGUGGGACUCACGGUUCCUCGAUGGGUGCACGCGUGAAUGGGAAGAGGUACAGAUUCGCAUACAUAUGGGUGGGUAACUCGGAGACUCAGUGCCCUGGUCAAUGCGCGUGGCCAUUCCACCAACCCAUAUACGGUCCCCAGAGUGCACCAUUGGUUGCACCAAACAACGACGUUGGUGUUGACGGAAUGGUCAUCAACGUGGCAAGUCUGUUGGCUGGGACUGCAACAAACCCAUUCGGGAAUGGGUACUUCCAAGGACCCAAAGAGGCACCACUCGAAGCUGCAUCCGCUUGCACUGGUGUCUACGGUAAAGGGGCAUACCCUGGUUACGCUGGGAACCUCCUGGUGGACCCCACAACUGGAUCUAGCUACAAUGCGAAUGGCGUCAAUAAACGGAAAUUCUUGUUACCAGCUCUCUUUGACCCUAAAACCUCAGCUUGUUCUACGCUCGUAUAG